AUGGCAACCCAGGCAAAGGGCCUUCUUUCUGAAGAAUGCAGGGAUGCUCUCAAUCAAGUAGCAUCUUACGAGCUGCAUGUCAGUGAUGCUUAUUUAUCUAUGGCCUGUUAUUACAUUGAAGAUUCAGAAGCACCUAUUUUUCAUUCAUUCUUCCAAGACCAAGCUGAUGUGAAGAGGGAGCAUGCAAAGCAGUUCAUAAAAUAUCUAAGAAAAUAUAAGUGUAAAAUCUGCCUUCCGGUGAUUAAGAGGCCUGAUAUAGAUAACUGGGGAACUGGUAAACAAGCUAUACUGUCUGCUCUGCAGUUGGAGAAUUCAUUAAACACGCUCCUGCAAGACCUGAAAGCCUCAGCUUCUAGGAAUAGAGAAACCAAUCUCUUACGCUUCAUGAAGAAGUUCCUGGAUGAACAGACCAGGAACAUAAGCUAUCUGGAAUACCAGCUUAACUAUCAGAAAGAGUUGGAAACGUCAGCCCAGAGGGAAGAACAGCCUGAAAAUGCCGCCGGACCAUCUGGAGCAUCAGGUCAAGAGACAGAAUCUGCCGGCAACUCUCCAAGUCCUCCUGCCCAGAAGAUCCCAAAGCCAGCUACUUAG